UGUUACUUAUUUUAACCUUAAUGAAGUUAUUUAAAAGUAUUGUGGGGAGAUGGUUAUAAAUAGAAAUUACGAGAAAUAUUUUUGCGCAUUAUAAAUAUCGUUUUAACUUUAAUUCGGAAGCAUGGUAAUAAAAUAGAACUUCCUAUUGAAACUUCGCUAGCAUAAGUGGUCCUUGCAAUGUACUAAAAAAGGCUUGUAUACGCGGAAGUUUUCGUUUUAAUAAUUUAUUUUAUCGGGCUUCGAAGUUUAAAUCGCUUGCAAUGCGGAGUUGGAACAAAUUUUUUUGUUUUAAGUACCGUAAGUUUUAAUAAUAAAUUUUUUUGACCGCGCAAAACCCUGCGAGCGCAAGAAUUCAUUAUAACCUGACUCACCUUGGAUCCUACGAACGAAAUCCGGGCUGAGCCCACAAGCGAUGGCGUGUGCUUCCAUGGCUAGAAAAGUUGAGAAAGAACGAUCUAUACCGCACGUGGUCUUAGUUCUAACAAUCUAUUGUGAUGCAACUUGCUCUUGCGACACAUUAACUUUGCUUUACAUUCAUACUUGUUCAUGCAAAACUCGGUAUUACAUUUUUGAAGACGCCCUCUGUGACAUAACAAGAUGCUUUCGUCGCACGCGCUGGGAUAAUAAGAUAUCUCAAAUUUCGUUCUGAAGUUGGUACACGCAUUUGUAAAUACGAUUCGUGAUAUAAAUUAAUCAAGCACCUAUUAUGUACAUCUCGAUUUCAGUCUAGAAUAUUGUAUUGGGGUGCUCCCGAUGUAUGUGUACCAAGAUGGCGCACAACCUAAAAAAUAGUAUUGUACCAGGUUAGGAUUCAGGUUGUGCGUCAUCUUGGUACUCAUACUUCCGGAGUAGGGGCAUUAAUCCAUAAUUUGAUUUCUAAUAUAUACAGUAACGUAAAAUAGCUUUAAAUUUAUUAUAAAUAUACCGCUAUUCGGUAAAUAUUAUUCAUGGAACUAUACAAGUGCCGAUCGUGCGUUUUGAAUAGAAACGAGGAUUAUUUUUCAACUUCUAUCGUGAUAUACCACUGCCAUCUACGUCAACACUCAAGAACUGGUGUUCCCUAUAUAUACUAUUGCCAACUGGAUUUAUGCACAAAAUUUUUCUCAUCAUACAAAACAUUGAAACGCCACUGCCAACGAUCUCACGCGGACUUGGUGUGCAGUUACAAAGAAUGCAAUGAAGAUCCUGAUAUCCCUGAUAAAUCUAACAUUCAAGAAACGGACUCUGUGGCAGAAAUUCAUGAUGUAUCUGCAACUGGAACUAUCGGUAGUUCGGAUGAAUGGCAGAGAGAUGCAGCAUUAUUCAUUCUACAAAUUCGAGAAGUACACAAUUUGACUGAGCAAGCGACUACCGAUGUUAUAAGAAAAACGGAGCACUACAUGAAGUCUCUGUAUCGACAUAUCAUUGAUCAAGUGAGGCAGAAGUUUCCACCUGACGUAUUCGACAGAUUCAAGCAAGUCGUCGAUGAGGCAGCCGGGCCAAUAAUCAACCAGUUUUCCUCAGUUUCGACGUCUUAUAUGCAAGACAGAUUCCUGGUAAACAAUUUUAAUAUGAUUCUGCCAGAAGCAGUGGUCAUAGGAACGUCAUUGGAUUUCAAAGAAACUCAAAAAGACAGGCGAGUUAUUGACAGGCCCCACAUUAUGCAAUACAUUUCUCUUGAAAAAACGCUGAGAAUUCUAUUCCAGGAUGCAUCAUUUUUUGAAAUGUAUGAAUCCUACAAACUGCAGGAUAAUGUCACGGGUAUCUUGACGGACUUCAAAACAGCUAUUGUCUGUCGUCGCCAUAAAACAUUUUCCGCGGAUGUAGGAGCUAUACAAGUUCUUUUAUAUUUCGACGACGUGGAACUCUGCAACCCUCUUGGCAGUAAGGUCCGCAAACAUAAAAUAUCAUUUUUCUAUGUGUCUUUUGCAAAUCUCCAUCCAGAAUUACGAUCCCGUUUUUCUGGUAUACACCUUCUAGCUAUUGCGCUUACAGAUGAUCUUAACAAGUUUGGUAUUGAUAAAGUACUAGAACCGUUUUAUUCUGAAAUUGAACUCUUGAGUGAAAAGGGAAUGAAAUUCGUUACUGCCAAUGGAAAGAUCAAAACUUUGAAAUGCGAUUUGGCUUCUGUAAUAGCUGAUACACCAGCAGCGCAUCAAAUUUUAGGUUUAAAAGAGGGAGUGGGAUUCGCCUAUAGGAAAUGCAGGAAAUGCAUGGCUAUAAACGAAACGAUACAGACAUCACAUAGAGAGUGUGAUUUCACUCUUCGGAGUUGUGCACAGCAUUUAUCUCAAUGUCAAUACCUCAACAAAACUACAUCGGUAGCUUAUGGUAUUAAUCGUAAAUCGACUAUUUUUGAUCUCAAAACUUCGACCCAUUCACCAGCGUACCGCAAGAUGCAAUGCAUGUCAUCUUGGAAGGGUGCAUUCCCUACACUCUGCAACAAUUAUUACAACAUUUACUCCGGGAAGAAACAAUUGACAUUGCAAUUUAUAAAUCAGCGCAUAGAAAAGUUUCCAUAUGGUUAUCUCGACCGUACCAACAAGCCUAGUCCUAUAUAUCGUCACAAGGCCAAAUGGGGAAGUGAAGCUACGACAAUCUGCUUCUCAAAUGUGGCUGCUCGGUCGAAUUUUACCGUUUUUUAG